AUGUCUGCCGUCACUCAGCACAACCUCGAGACCCCUUCCAAGAAGGUGGCUGCCGGCCUCGCUGGCAUCGACGUCAACGCCUCUCCUUCUAAGAAGAGCGCUGGAAAGCUCAACCUCGCCGAGGCUGACGACAACUUCUCUGAGCCCACCUUCCUCACCAAGGGCAACAAGCUCGACGCUUCCCAAGCACCUCCUACCGAGCAUGUCACUGCUAAAGGCGACGACGUUCACGGCAAAUUCGUUGGAGAGGUCGACCUCCCCGAGGAGGAGGAGCCUCUUCUCGUCGAGUCCAAGCGCCGCUUCGUUCUCUUCCCCAUCCGAUUCCACGAGAUCUGGCAAAUGUACAAGAAGGCCGAGGCUUCCUUCUGGACCGCCGAGGAAAUCGACCUCUCCAAGGACCUUCACGACUGGGACAACAAGCUCAACGACAACGAGCGUCACUUCAUCUCUCACGUCCUUGCCUUCUUCGCCGCUUCUGACGGUAUCGUCAACGAAAACCUCGUCGAGCGCUUCAGUUCCGAGGUCCAGGCCGCCGAGGCCCGAUGCUUCUACGGUUUCCAGAUCAUGAUGGAGAACAUCCACUCCGAAACCUACUCGCUCCUCAUCGACACCUACAUCCGCGAGCCCGAGCAGCGCGAGUUCCUCUUUGACGCCGUCGAGACCAUCCCCGUCGUCAAGAAGAAGGCCGAAUGGGCCCUUCGAUGGAUCAACGACCGCAAGGCCACCUUCGCUGAGCGUCUCGUUGCCUUUGCCGCCGUCGAAGGUAUCUUCUUCUCAGGCUCCUUUGCCUCGAUCUUCUGGCUCAAGAAGCGCGGUCUCAUGCCCGGUCUCACCUUCUCUAACGAGCUCAUCUCUCGUGACGAGGGUCUUCACACCGAUUUUGCCUGCCUCCUCUUCAGCCACCUCAAGAAGCGCGCGCACCCCGACACCGUCCUCAAGAUCAUUUCCGAGGCGGUCGAAAUCGAGAUCGAGUUCUUGACCCAAUCAAUUCCUUGUGCAAUGAUCGGCAUGAACCAAACGUUGAUGUCUCAGUACAUUACCUUUGUGGCCGAUCGUCUGCUCACUCAGCUCGGAAAUCCGGUGUUUUGGGGCGCAAAAAAUCCCUUUGAUUUCAUGGAUCAGAUUUCUCUUCAAGGAAAGACCAACUUCUUUGAGAAGAAAGUUGCUGAGUACGCAAAGACUGGUGUCGCCCGCCGUGAGGGAGAGGAAAGCGGCGAUGGUAUCCAGAAGAACACCCACUCCUUCUCGUUGGAGGAGGACUUCUGA